AUGACCCCGUGUUUCCUUGAAAGCGGCGAAGAAAUGUUGGACUUGUGCGAAGGGCCUGAAGGAGCUCUGCUCGUUGGAUAUGACCCUGUUUCAGGUGUUUCAACGGCAACCUUCCCUGAUGUGCGAUUCGUCACUCCUUGGAGUGAUGAAGGCAGGAGAGUGUUUGCCAGAGGUGAUAAAGGUCCACUGGAGCCCUCCUGGAGCGAACAGAGAUUUCUCACUCGCCUUACCCGUGUUUUGGACGUCCGAGGCUACUUCCACCCCCACUUCGAUCCUGGCGUAAUAGGUCAUCUCUUCCCUCGACUGGAGACAGUGCGCCUCACACAGGAUGCCAGCGGUACGUACCUGCCGUUCAUGCCCUUCGACGCCUCCACGUACGUACUGUUCCCGAACACUGCCGGGUAUCAGGUAGUCCGAGUGCAUCCGGUAUGCCAAGCGUGUCUGGACGAGUACGAGUCGGACUCUAGCUUAGAGGAAUUCGACAGCCCGUGGAGCACUGAGCGGCCGGUUUGGCCGGCGCCCCCACACCCGCCGGGGCUGUUGGAGGAUCUACUUCCCUCUCGCGAGCUUCGCAGGAUCCCUCAACAUACCUCCCGAGUUGUCGUAAAUCUGGACGGUCAUGUGGGAGAUGCCGGGCAGUCGUUCCACUUCCUUUACGACCCGCCGCCGCACGUGACGAGCCUCGUGUUCAUCCUUCCCCACCUUGCGUCUCUUCAUGCCAAAGGGGUUGUGGAGGAUGCUAAUGCCAAUGACGUGGUUGAGGUUAUGCGCUCCUCGACUGCAAAACACACGAUUGUCGGGGCCGAGUGCAUCGGCAUUGAUUUCGAGGACGGCAUCCGCAGCGCGCUCAAGAGCCUGACCUUGGCGGAAGUCCAUCUCGAUGUGGAUUACGACAUUAACGACGAGUACACGCGCACCAUGAGCUCAUGGCAGCGCAAAUCUUAUCGAUUGCGUUCCGAAACCCUCCGCGAGGAACGUAGGUGGGCCGAAGACUUGCACAUGCAUGGUCUGCAGGAUUCGCCAGAACCCAAGCCCGCUUCAAUGAGUUUGAAGCAGAAGCUUGACGACCGGCUUAGCCGUCUCGAGUUCAUCACUGUUGAGGAGUACAGGAAGCGCAUAGACGAGACAGUGCGCCUCACGCACGACGCCGAGGGAAGACACUUCGCCUUUCAACCCAUGGAUGCGCAAACGCUCGUACUGUUUCCGAGUCCGGCUGGGUCACAAGUCUGUCGGGACCACAAGGCUUGCAAGGACCUUGUCGAUCCGCGGUGGCCGGACGACGAAGACAGCGACGAGCUCGAGAAUCCUAGGGUGUCCGAGCCCGCUGCCUGGCCCGCCCCUCCUCCCUGGCCCUCAGUGCUGCACGACCUGCUUCCUGCGUCUGAAACGGGAGAGAUACGCCCGGGAACGAGGCGGGUCGUCGUGAACUUUGGCGGGCACGUCGCCAACCCCGCCGCCUCGUUUCACUGCCUGUACAGUCCGGGGGAGGACAUGGAGGAGAUCGUCUUUGUGCUUCCUCAUGUCACCGCCCUCGACGGAAAAGGGACGGUCAGCGCAGCGGAUCCGCACGAGCUCGUGGAGGUUAUGCGAUCAUCGACUGCCCGGCACACAGUGGUUGGGGCCGAGUGCGUGGGAGAGGGUUUCGCGGGUGGCGUGCGCCAUGCGCUGAAGUGCCUAACAUACGCGAUCGCCCACCCCGACGUCGACUACAACAUCGACGACGAGAUCACGCGCGACAUGAGCUCCUGGAACCGCGAGCCCUACUCUGCGCGCGCCAAUGCCCUCAGAGAGGAGCAGAGGCUGUUCGCUCACGUGAAGGGACCGGCGAGCCGAAACUGA